UCAUGGAACUUUUAAGAUUUCAUACUUAUGCAAUGCCAGACCUGGGUGUUGCCUCAGGUCUGGCGGCAGUUCUUUCAUUCUGUGAUCUGGGUUACUAUGAAGGUUAUAUGCUUGGGCAUUGCCAGCCCAUGGCUUUCCCACAGGCUGGCAGCAUGUUUUAUUCAAUGCUGUGUGAUAGUAUUCAUGCUACCUGGCCCGUGGUAUACUUUCAGUGAUAUCCUUGUCUUCUUGAAUAU